GGGAGUGGCUGUCAACCGCACGCUGGCCCACCGCCUGGAGCGCCUGGUGUACUUCACGGGCACGCGGGGCCGCAAAGUGCCCCACGGCAUGACAGUGGUCACACACAGUGACGAGCGGCCCAUCUGGAACAUGUACCAGACCAUCAGGUACCUUCUGGACCACUACGUGAACGACUUCGACUGGUUCUUCCUGGUGCAGGAUGAUACCUACACGGAGGCACACCGCAUCAACCACCUAGUUGCCCACCUCAGCAUUGACACCCACCUAUACCUUGGCCGUCCCGAGGAGUUCAUCGGUGGAGACACUGAGGGGCACUACUGCUAUGGGGGGUUUGGCUACCUGCUGUCCCGCAGCCUCCUCCUGCUUCUGCAGCAACACCUGGAGAACUGCCGCAAUGACAUCCUCAGCGCCCGGCCCGAUGAGUGGCUGGGGGCACGCUGCAUCAUCGACUACACAGCUGUCAACUGUGCUGAGGAGCAUGAGGGCCUGCGUUACCACUAUUUUGAGCUGGGAAAGAACGCGGACCCCGAGCGAGAGACCGACCUCCGUUUCCAGAAUGCCUUCACUGUCCACCCCGUGCUGGAUCCCAUCCAGAUGUACCGACUACACAAGUACUUUGCGCAGGUGGAGCUUGAGAGGACCUACCAGGAGAUCCAGCAGCUGCAGCUGGAGAUCCAGAAUGCCAGCAGCCUCUCUGCUGAUGGGGACCACGGUGCCACGUGGCCUGUUGGCAUCCCACCCCCUUUCCAGCCCAAAACCCGCUUCGAGGUGCUGCGCUGGGACUACUUCACAGAGGAGCAGGUCUAUGCCUGCGUGGACGGCUCCCCCAAGUGCGAGCUGCGUGGUGCAGAUCUGGCUGAUGUGGCCGACGUGGUGGCCCAGGCUAUGGAAGAGCUGAACCCNGUGCUCCACGUCCGCAAGCAGCAGCUGGUGAGCGGGUACCGGCGCUUCGACCCCACGCGCGGCAUGGAGUACACGCUGGACCUCCAAGUAGAGGUGGUGACCCAAAAAGGGCACAGCCGCUCCGUCACCAAGCGUGUUCACCUGGUGCGGCCCCUCAGUGAGGUGGAGAUAAUCCCCAUGCCCUACGUGACAGAGGCCAGCCGCAUCAACGUCAUCCUGCCACUGACGGCCCACGACCGGGACCAUGCUGCCCGCUUUUUGGAGGCUUACGCGGCAGCUGCCUUUGAGAGCAGCGAGAAUGCAGUGCUCACUUUCCUCUUCAUCUACGACCCCUUCGAGGCCCAGCAGGUCACCCAGAAUGACAUCUUCGCCCCUGUAAAGGCCCAGAUCACUGAGUAUGAGCGCAAGUAUGCAGAGGUGAAGAUCCCUUGGAUCAGCGUCAAGACGGAUGCGCCCUCCCAAAUCAAAGUCAUGGACAUCAUCUCCAAGAAGCAUCCCGUGGACACGCUGUUCUUCGUGGCCGGCGUGGGAACGGAGGUCACCAUCGACUUCCUGAACCCCUGCCGGAUGAACACUAUCAACAACUGGCAGGUCUUCUUCCCCAUCCACUUCCAGGGCUACAACCCUGCCAUUGCUUACCACAACCAGGUGCCACCUGCCCCACUGGACCUGCUGCGGGACGCGGGGCGCUUCGACCGUGAUGUCUUCCACGAAGCUUGCUUCUACAACGCCGACUACAUGGCAGCACGCACCCGCAUGGCAGGUGAUGUACAGGAGAACGAGGACAUCCUGGAGACCCUGGACAUCUAUGACAUGUUCAUCAAGUAUUCCAACCUCCAUGUCUUCCGGGCCGUGGAGCCCGCCCUGCUGCAGCACUACCGGCACCAGGCCUGCAACCCCCGGCUCAGUGAAGAGAUCUAUCACCGCUGUGUGCAGAGCAGCCUGGAGGGCGUAGGCUCUCGCUCCCAGCUGGCCAUGGUGCGUUUCGAGCAGGAACAGGGGAACAGCACCUGA